AUGGCCGGUGCACCCCGGACUGUACUCAUCUCAGGAUGCUCCUCUGGGAUUGGCUUGGAGCUGGCAGUGCAGCUGGCUCAUGACCCCAGGCAGCGCUACCAGGUGGUGGCCACCAUGAGGGACCUGGGAAAGAAGGGGACACUGGAGGCAGCUGCUGGGGAGGCUCUGGGUCAGACCCUCACCGUGGCCCAGCUGGACGUGCUCAGUGACGAGUCAGUGGCCCAGUGUCUCAGCUGCAUCCAGGGAGGGGAAGUGGACGUGCUUGUGAAUAAUGCUGGAGUGGGCCUGGUGGGGCCCUUGGAAGGGCUCAGCCUAGCUGCCAUGCAGAAUAUCUUUGAUACCAACUUUUUUGGGGCUGUCCGUCUGGUCAAGGCUGUGCUUCCUGGCAUGAAGAGAAGGCGACAGGGCCACAUCGUGGUGGUCAGCAGCGUCAUGGGGCUGCAGGGUGUCGCGUUCAACGAAGUCUACGCGGCCUCCAAGUUUGCCAUGGAGGGGUUCUUCGAAAGUCUGGCUGUCCAGCUGCUACAGUUCAACAUCUUCAUCUCCCUGGUGGAGCCAGGCCCGGUUAUCACAGAAUUUGAAGGCAAGCUCCUAGAGCAGGUUUCCACAGCCGAGUUCCCAGGCACCGACCCUGACACCCUGAGCUACUUUCGAGAUCUGUACCUCCCAGCCUCCAGGGAGCUCUUUCACAACGUGGGACAGAGCCCACAGGAUGUAGCCAAGGUCAUCGUCAAGGUCAUCGGCUCGGCCAGACCACCCUUGCGCCGACAGACCAACACCCGCUACACUCCACUGACCGCACUCAAGGCCAUGGAUCCCUCCGGCAGCCUGUAUGUGCGAACCUCCCACCGCCUGCUCUUCCGCUGGCCACGCCUCCUCAAGCUUGGCCUUCGGUGCCUGGCCUGCAGCUGCUUCCGCACCCCAGUGUGGCCCCGAUGA